AAAAAUCCAAAUCCUACAAUCUCUUCUCCACUCGCUGAGUCUUCAGCCAGAGAAGGCCGAAAACGAAAAACCAAGCAACCAACAAUGGCGAGCAUAAGCCUUCGCAAGGGAAACACGCGGCUACCACCGGAGGUGAACCGCGUGCUCUACGUUCGGAACCUGCCGUUCAACAUAUCGAGCGAAGAGAUGUACGACAUAUUCGGCAAGUACGGCGCCAUUCGGCAGAUCCGAGUCGGCACCAGCAAGGACACUCGCGGCACCGCCUUCGUCGUCUACGAGGACAUCUACGACGCCAAGACCGCCGUCGAUCACCUCUCCGGCUUCAACGUCGCCAACCGCUACCUCAUCGUGCUGUACUACCAGCAAGCCAAGAUGAGCAAGAAGUUCGAUCACAAGAAGAAGGAGGACGAGAUUACCAAGCUUCAGGAAAAGUAUGGUGUCUCCACCAAAGAUAAGUAGUACUUUGUACCCUUAUACGCUGUCUUAUUUUCUGGAAAAAUUGAAAUCUAGGGUUUUUGUUUCUUGUAUGUGGACACUGAAUUGAAAUUUUAGGGUUUUUGUUUAUUGCAUGUGGAUGUGUUUCGUAUUUCAAAUUCGUGGGAUUGAUUGUUGAUUAUAUGUCUUUCAUUUUUAACUCUGUAGAAUUAGGGUUUUGUUUUGGGUUAAAUUUUAUUUGGGAAAGUUUAGUAGUGAAGUUUUAUGUGGUGGAAUUAGUUAAGUGGAAGAUAUUAUUAGAUUAAUGGGAUUUUAUUUUAUGGGGAAUGGUUUUGUGAUGUGGGUAUGACUUACUUUUUCUAUGUGUACUGAAAAAUUGAAUCUUUUUAAGCUACAAUGUGCAUAAGAAAA